AUGCCGGAUUUCGAGCACUUCAGAUUUUCCUAUUCGAGCAUGAAUCCGGUCCUGGGGGAGAGCGGCUUCCUGGCCCCGCAGCAGCAGCAGUACCCCCACCACCACCACCACCACCACCACCACCAGAUGAGGAGCGACUCCAUCCUGGAGCCGGGCUACUUCCUGGGGGACCACGGUGGGUUCGGCCCGGACGGGCUGUCCGGGCUGGACUUGGGCUCUCUUCCGCCCUCGGGCCUCGCCUACCUGCACCUGGGGAACCCUCUGCACCGCGCGCCCCCAGGGGCCGCGGCGCUGCGCAACGACCUGGGCUCCAACAUCAGCGUCCUGAAGACCCUGAACCUGCGCUUCCGCUGCUUUCUGGCCAAAGUGCACGAGCUGGAGCGCAGGAACAAAGUGUUGGAGAAGCAGCUGCAGCAGGCGCUGGAGGAGAGCGGCGGCGGGGAUGGGCACCAGAAGCCCCCGACCAAAGAGAUGGGGGUCCAGACUGGUUUUAUUGGGCCUAUCCCAGCCAGACCGGGCCUCAUUCCGCUCCACAACGCCAACAACUCGGCCUACAUGCCCGGGGGCCUCCUCUCUCCGACCCUGAACCCCCCACCUCUUUAUGACAACAAAUACCUGGGGAGCAACCUCAACCCGGUCUCCACGGACUCGAACUCCAACCUCACCACGCCCGGUUUCUCCAUCAGCCCGGCCCGGAGCCCCAGCGACCCGUCCUGGACCAUCACCAACAUCAACGAGAAACACGCCUCUCACGCCGGGACCAACACCAACAGAACCCCCCCGCCGCCGCCUCCCCCCCACCCGCGGUUCCUCCCCGGGACCAUCUGGUCCUUCAACCCCACGCGGCGGUUCGGCUCCGGGAGGGAGUCGUGCGCCUCGGGUCCCGGAGCCUCCUGGACGCAGCCGGACGGCGUCGGGGUCCAGAUCGACACCAUCACGCCAGAGAUCCGGGCCCUGUACAACGUGCUGGCCAAGGUGAAGAGAGAGAGGGACGAGUACAAGAUGAGAUGGGAGGAAGAGUACACGGCCAGGAUGGACCUCCAGGAGAGGGUGGCUGAGCUAGAUGAGGAGCUGCAGGAGAGCGAGGUGUGCCAGGAUGAGCUGGCUCUGAUGGUGAAGCAGCUGAAGGCCGAACUCGUCCUCUUCAAAGGACUCGUCAGCAACAACCUGUCAGACCUGGACAGUAAGAUCCAGGAGAAGGCCAUGAAGGUGGACAUGGACAUCUGCCGCCGCAUCGACAUCACCGCCCGCCUCUGCGACGUCGCCCAGCAGAGGAACUGCGAGGACAUGAUCCACAUGUUCCAGCAGGUGGCCACGCCCCCUUCCACUCUGGCCGCCAGGAGGCGGAGCGGGCAGUCGUCGGCGAAGGACGGGGACGAGCUGAGCGCGUCCGAGGGCGAGGGGGGCGGGGCCAAGGACGAGGAGUCGUGCAGCACGUCCGCCAAUCAGAUCAACGAGCAGAUGCAGAGGAUGCUGAACCAGCUGAGGGAGUGUGAGUUUGAUGAUGACUGUGACAGUCUGGCCUGGGAGGAAACAGAGGAAACUCUUCUGCUCUGGGAGGAUUUUCCUGGAUACCCUCUGGGAGUAGAAACACAGGGAGAGCUGCAGCAGCAGGAGGAGUCCAUCGAGGAGGUGAUCAAAGACACCGAGUGUCUGUUCAAGACCAGAGAGAAGGAGUACCAGGAGACCAUCGACCAGAUAGAGGUGGAUCUGGCGACGGCCAAGAGCGACAUGAACCGCCACCUGCACGAGUACAUGGAGAUGUGCUCCAUGAAGAGAGGCCUGGACGUCCAGAUGGAGACCUGCAGGAGACUCAUCACACAGAGCGGAGACAGGACGUCGCCCUCGCUCGUCGCGCUGACGGCGGACGACUCCGACGGCGAGGAGAAGAAGAAGACGAAGAAGAAGAAGAAGAAGAACCCGGCUCUCCACGCCGAGUCCGAGAACGGCGUUUCUUACUGCGACGCCAACGCCGCCAUCCCCCCCCUGACCUGGAGGAAACCCUAA